CUUGUGAAGAGUAUUACCGUUUAAAGCUCCCGUGUUAUCGCGGUUCAAUGUAUAAGCUUUUAACUAUGCUAUUUGCCAAUCAGAUACUUGUAUUUUGAAAAUAAAAAAAGUUUAUGCAUUGAACCGCGUUGAAGAAAACGGAUUUUUGACUGUCAAACAGCAAACUUUUCUUCUAUUAAACUUAAGUCCUCCAUGAUUUGCUGCUACACGUGGCAGCACCGUCUCGAAGAAGUGGCAAGCACUAUAGUACAUUUAACUACAGUAACUACUUACGGUUGCAUACGAUUUGCCUACAGUUUCUCAGCACGACCUGCUUACAAGUUGCUACAAAGGGAAUGAAGGACAUUUACUGCCUUUCUCACGAACGAUUAAAGGAUUUGUUAAGAAUUGACUAGUAGAAUUUUGAUUUACCAUGGAGAAUCAAAGUCAUCAUCAUCAACUUCAUCAUACUCAACAAUCCUUCUGGAAGAAAAAUACUCGUGCUGUACCAGGAAGACCUAGUCCAAAACAAGAUUCACGUCAAGGAAAAACUAGCAGUGUUUCCAGUCUUGCUGUUGGUUUGGUAGGAAGUGUUGCUGCGACUGGAGGGAAUGCAGGAAGUAGUGGAGGUGGGUCAACUUCAUUUCAAGAUUUCCAGGAAAGUGUAGAUGACGCAUGGGACUCUGGUGACGAUGAAUUUUGUACCGUGUCAGACGUUAAAAUAUCGAAAAGGGUCAGCCACUCGGCAGCUCUUAGUGUUAUUAACAGUCACAGAUCUGGUGGCACAAUCACAGAUCCUCUAGGAAAUAUAAAGGAUUCUAUUCAAGUGCAGGAGAGUAUUCCAACAGACAAAAAAACAGAGGCUUUUCGAAGACUAGCUGCGCAACCAUUAGAAUUACGAAAUGCCAACUUGAAUAGUACUGCACCUCAAACUAAUCACAAUCAACAUCCUGCCGAGGAUGCGGACAUUAAACUCGGAAUUUCACCAUACCAUAGACUCGCUCAAUUCCCAGGAAGACCUCAACCUCUGCGACAGUCUUGUGCGCCGAGUAAAUUCUUCAUACCAUCCAAGGAGCAUGACGGCGAAAGUAAGGUAGAUAAAUUUCAAUCUCUCCUGGAUACGUCCUUACUCAAUCUCGAUGAAUUAAGACAAUUAUCUUGGUCGGGAGUUCCUGCUAAAUUGCGCUCUGUCACCUGGAGGCUAUUGUCUGAAUAUCUACCAGCAAACGUAGAACGCAGACAGCAUGUUUUGGAGCGUAAACGCUUAGACUACUGGAACUUGGUAAAGCAGUACUACGACACUGAAAGGGAUGAAGCUUUUCAGGAUACUUAUAGGCAGAUACAUAUUGAUAUUCCAAGAAUGUCCCCACUCAUUGCCUUGUUUCAACAACCAACGGUGCAGCUCAUCUUUGAACGAAUCCUUUACAUCUGGGCCAUACGUCACCCAGCAUCCGGUUACGUUCAGGGCAUGAACGAUCUCGUGACACCAUUUUUUCUGGUGUUUCUGCAAGAGGCUGUGCCAAUCUCAGCUUGGCAGGACUUGGAAAACUAUGAGGUCGCUUCGUUGCCACAAGAGCAACGCAAUAUCAUCGAAGCCGAUAGUUUCUGGUGCCUUUCUAAGUUUCUCGAUGGCAUACAAGAUAAUUACAUCUUUGCUCAAUUAGGUAUUCAGCACAAAGUGAAUCAAUUGAAGGAACUCAUACAGAGAAUUGACGCACCACUUCAUCAACAUUUACAUCAACACGGUGUUGAUUAUCUACAAUUCUCCUUUCGGUGGAUGAACAAUUUACUGACACGUGAAAUUCCACUUCACUGUACGAUUCGCUUAUGGGACACGUAUCUGGCCGAAUCCGAUCGCUUUGCAUCCUUUCAACUUUACGUUUGUGCAGCUUUUCUUCUUCGUUGGCGACGUAAUCUUCUAUUGCAGCCAGACUUUCAAGGAUUAAUGUUAAUGCUACAAAACCUGCCAACUCAAAACUGGACUGACUCCGAAAUCGGAAUCCUGGUUGCCGAGGCGUAUAAGCUAAAGUUUACAUUUGCUGACGCACCGAAUCAUCUCCAAGCGCACGACUCCAGGUGACCAUUUUUCUAUACGUUUGGCUAAUGUUCUUGGUUGACUGGCCUUGGUAUCCGUUCUGGCUUCGGUUUCCAGUGGUAUAGGCGCCAUCCGCAAGGUAGAGUAUUCUCUAAUCCACAGGCCCUUCGUUCGGCUACUCAUUCGGUCUUUCGUCAACUUUGUUAAAGGAAUUCUUUCAUAAGGAUUUAUAUCAUCAUUCAGAUACUUGAAUCAUGUACAAUUCGCACGACUUCCACAUUGGAAAUAUCAAAUCGCUCCAAUAAAGAUCAUUACGAGCUAACAUUAUUCGUAGUUGGCGUACAACGAAA